AUGGAGUCGGUGGAACUGACCUGGGAGCCUGCGCGUUCUGCCCCUGGCGAAUUUUCGCGAAGAGCUCCUCGAACCCUCUGCUGUCCUGAUCCCUGUUCGCGAAUUUUGUGCCGCCAAGGGGCCUUGCCAGGCAGGCGAAUCCUCGCCAACCGCGAAUAUGCAAAAGAUUACGACAUCUGCCAUGCAGAAUACGGAAAGACAGGAGUGAAACUGCUCUACAUCUACAAGUCGGGGCUGCACCAGACCCCGAGGGAGCUGGAAGUGACCACUAGGAUUAGCCUGGCCGAUAGGAACGAAUACAAGCAUGGGGACAACAGGGAUAUCAUAGGGACCGACUCACAGAAGAAUAUUGUCUAUGUGUUGGCGAAGAAACAUGGAGUGACGAGUCCUGAAGAGUUCGGCCUCUUGCUGGCUCAGUUCCUAUUGGACCAGUACUCGCACGUGGUGGAAUCGAGUGCGACAGUGAUAGAGACGACAUGGGACAGGAUCGAGAAGGACGGGAUGAAGCACAAGCAUGCCUUCGUCCACAACCCGGGAGUCGAGAGGUGGGCUUCGGUUAAGAUCAACAGAAGAGAACCGCCUGUGAUCACGGCUGGUCUGCGAGGUCUGAGGGUGCUGAAGACAACUCAGUCAGAGUUCAAGAACUUCUACCGCGACGAGUACAGGACCCUCCUGGACACGGACGACAGGAUAUUCUCGACGAUAAUCAAAAAGAUCCAGAUGGACAUGCCGAAUAAACAUUACAUGGAUAUGGACCUGUCCGGGUUUCCUAAGGACAUGGUUGGUGUUGGUGUCAACAAAACUGUCUUCUUGCCAACUGACAAGCCAUCCGGGUUCAUCCAUGCGGCGCUCGAGCGUAAAGGAUCAUCCAAGUUGUGAACACCAUAAUAUUGUAUGGAAAUAUAUAUAUAUAUAUAUAUAUAUAUAUAUAUAUAUAUAUAUAUUAAUGUAUCUAUUUACUUAAUGAAAUUUUCUACUUUUCAAUGUCAAUAUUUUUAAAUGAACAUUUUAUUUUGGUAUAUUUGUAUUAGGUGGUUGAUGUUGCAUUUAAACAUUUGUGUCACUUAUUAUAAAAAAAUAAAUAAAUAUAUUUGUUAUUGUUAAA